UUCAGUCUGUUCCGUUACGGUGAAGGCACAGGGCACAGGGCACACUUGGACUAACUUUUUAAUCGUUUCACACUUAAUAUCGACGCAGGAGUGAAUAUCGGCGGAUUUUAACCUUCAAAACUUAAUCCAUCGCCUCCGGGUUGGGGAAUUUUUUAAAAAUUUCGUCUGCUGGAUUUUUGUUCAUUUAGUUUUUUUAUUUCAACAAAAGAACUCAAAGAAAAUGGGAGCUCAGUUGUCCAAGGGUGGAGUAGCUGUGGAUGGUAAAGCAGCGGGUGAUUCGGCAGCUGCCAAAACGAAUGGCCAGGAGAACGGCCAUGUCAAGACCAAUGGUGAUGUCUCUGCCAAGCCAGACGGUGAAACAGUCGCUGCCGAUGGUAAUGGCACUGCUGAGGUCGCCAAGGAGACUGAGGCUGCGGCCGGCGACUCGAUCGAGCCAGCGCCCGCACCCGCCGAAGGGGAGACCGAGGCCAAGGCAGAGGGCGAGGCCGCCAAGGAUGGCAAGAAGAAGAAGAAGUUCUCCCUGAAGAACUCCUUCAAGUUCAAGGGCAUCUCCCUGAAGAAGGGCAAGAAGGGCAGCGAGGAGGCCACUUCGCCCACCGCCGAGGAGGCCAAGCCCGAGGAGAACGGCCACGCCGCCGAGCCCAGCGCCGAAGCCGAGGCUGCCGCUCCGGCCGCCGAGGCCACAGAGGCUGCCCCCGAGGCAGAGGCCGCCGAGGCCAAGCCCGAAGAGCCCGCCGCCCCCAGCGAGGAGGCCCCACCUAGCGAGGAGCCCGCUGCAGCAGCCGCCGCCGAGGAGACGACGCCCGCCACCGACGCCUCUGAACCCGAGCAGAAGGCAGAGUGAUGGGCAACGGUGGCCCACUGUGACCGGACUGUUUUCUGUUUGCUUUUGUUUUGAUUUUUUUUUUUUUUUCAUUUGUUUGUUUUUUUUAUUUUUGAUUGAAUUUUUUUCAUUUUUUUGUUUGU